CCCUGUAUUUCCGUUGCCUAGUAACGAUUCAAACAACCACACUAAUACAUGCACCUCUGAGAUAGUUGCGGGUUUUAAUCACGCAGAGCCUUGUUUAAAAUGAUGGACGGGCUUAAACAAUUAGACGAAGAAGCUUUGCAAGACCUCUACGCGUGGAUAGACAAGAUACCCCUCUCCAGACCCAAACGGAAUAUUACAAGAGAUUUUAGCGAUGGAGCAGUUAUGACCGCAGAGGUAGUGAAGCAUUUCUUCCCUAAGCUGGUGGAGCUGCACAACUACACGCCCGCACAUUCCACGCAACAGAAGCUGAGUAACUGGAGCACCCUGAACAGAAAAGUUUUCUCUAAGCUGAACUUCCAUAUACCUGAGGAAACGAUGAAAAAAAUUGUAGUAAGCACAGCAGGCUGCAUCGAACCAGUGCUUUGCUCUCUGAGAGAGAAGAUAGAGGAAAAACAAGCAGGAAAACAAUUAGAUGGCACACAGGACUUGGAAUAUUACAGCACUACAAAUGGACCACCGAGAUCAGAUAAUCAUCCUAUAGUUAUUGAGGCCAUUCAUACCAAUCCAGCCACUGUGAAGAAGAAAGGCAAUGUCAGUUCUGCUGCAGCCUUGGGACCAAAUGUGGAUCCAGCUGUCCGUUUGCUCUUGGAGGAAAAGGAGCAAGCCAUUUUGGCUUUACAGGAGACUGUUGAGAAGCUGCCCCAUGACUCCCUGGUAAAUUCCGGCAGCGCAACGCUUCAGGGGAUGGAGCAGGAUGAUGAGCCAGACUCAACACAGAACACAAUUGUUCAGGCUGCUGCUCGUAAUUUAUAAAUCUCAUCAUAGUUGUCAUGGGAACAGGGCUGUCUCUUACACCAGAGUCCCUCCAAACAACUGCAAAACCUGGGCACUGCCCUUCCUGCAUGGUUGUAGUCAGGUCACAGAUUUGCCAUCAGCUCUACAAAAACAGAAAAAAUAGCACUAGCAUGUGUCCUGCUAGGAUGAUGGCCUAGUUUUCCUAGUACAAAUAAAUAAAAGGGGUUUACUGGAUAUUUCAUCUAACAGUGCACAUGUGGCUUAUUUUCAUUCCAUUUAAAUGAACUAUGGAAAGAAAAGUUGGCCACCGUCCCUGUGCUGAGUAACACUGUGUAA